CAGAAAGGGUCCAUCAUUGCCUCCAAUAAAGUGUCCAGCAGAGUGUCCGCCGUCUCCUUCUCUCAGGACAACAGCUACUUCGUCACCGCAGGAAACAGACACGUCAAGUUCUGGUACCUGGACGCCUCCAAAGAGCGACGGGUCAACAGCACGGUGCCGCUGAUUGGACGGUCAGGGUUGCUAGGCGACCACAAGAACAGCGUGUUCAGUGGGGUGGCGUGUGGGCGUGGCCUCAUGGCAGCCAGCACCUACUGCAUCACCAGCUCCGGUCUGCUGUGUCUGUUCAACAGCAGCCGGCAGCUGGAGGCCUGGGUCAACCUCAAGACGUCGUCGGCGAGCUGUGUGGUGGUCAGCGAGGACUUUAUCUUCUGUGGUUGUGCUGACGGAGCCGUCAGAGUGUUCAGCCCCUCCAACCUGCAGUACAUCACCACUCUGCCCCGCCCACACCGCCUCGGGGUCGACGUCACCCAGAGCAUCCAGCAUGG